CUCCUGGCCAUCACUCCAGUCUGCACUGAAGACCUCUCCAUGACUUCUCAGAGUAAAGCUCCAAAAACCACUGAGGACUUGGCUUUCCAGAUACUCCUGCUUUCCCAGGUUGGAACUGGGACUCUGGCCAACAUUCUUCUGUUUUUCCAUAAUAUCUCUCCCAUGUUUACUGGCUCUCGAAUGAGGUCCACACAGGUUAUUGUCACCAACUUGGCUAUGGCCAAUGCCUUCCUUCUCCUCAUUACUGCAUUUCCAAGCAAUGUGAUGGUUUUUGCUCCUAGGAGUCCUGCAACUAACAUGCAAUGUAAAAUUGAGUUCUUCGUUCGCCUGGUGGCUCGAAGCACAAACAUGUGCUUCACCUGUGUCUUGAGCAUCCAUCAGUUUCUCACUCUUGCUCCUGUACAUUGGGGUAGGCUGAUGCUUCGAGGAAGAGCCCCUAAUGUCCUGAGUUAUUCUUGUUACUGUUGUUGGUUGUUCAGUGUCUUAAAUAACAUCUACAUUCCAAUGAAAGUCAGUGGUCCACAGAGCACAGGCAAUGACACUAACAAUAUAAGAAAGUGGGUCUGUUCCAUAUCUGGAUUCAGUGUAGGCAUGGUCAUCUUGCGUUUUUCCCAUGAUGCCAUAUUUAUAAGCAUCAUGGUCUGGUCCAGUGUCUCCAUGGUGCUUCUCCUCUAUAGACAUCACCAACGAACACAGCACAUUCUCACUGCAAACAGGAACCACCGAGGCCAUGCUGAGACCAGAGCAGCCCACACCAUCCUCAUGCUGGUGGUCACCUUUGUAAGCUUUUAUGUUCUAGACUGUAUUUGCAGUUUGUUUCAGGUUUCUUUCAUGGACUCUCAUCUCUGGUUCAGGCAUGUAAAUGAAGCUUUGACUGCAAGCUUCCCCACUAUUUCUCCUUUCCUGUUGAUCUUUAGGGAUCCUAAGGAUCCCUGUUCUGUGCUCUUCAACUGCUGA